AUUAUCUUGAAUAUGAAUAGGAUAUUCGUUUCAAGGUUACCUUUGUUCCUUGUUAAAAGGGAUAGGGCUCUGUCCGUCACGUGGACCGACUCUUCACCGCCUGGGCAGCUUUUGUCUCAAAGAGCCGGCAAAAUAAAUAUCUUGGCUGGUAACAAAACACUGGCUCCGACUCGCAGUUCUCCUCCGAUUUCCUCCCCAAAACAAGAGGGGGCGUCGCAAGUAUGCCUCCCAAGGCUGUCAAGGGAGAAUACAUAGAAACUGACACUGGAAACAAGGUCUCCCGCCGAUCCCAAGUACACGGAACCCAACACAUCAUUCUCGGCGGCAAGACAGUCAUCCAAGCCGACGUGUGCAUCCGCGGUGACCUAUUCAGGCAGCAAUCUGAUCACCAAGUAUCCACAUCCUCCAACCCAGCGCCAGCUAGCCCUGCCGUCGCUGUCUCAAUAGGUCGCUACACAUACCUCUCACGCUCCUGCCUCCUCCGCCCGCCCUCGCGUCUACAUCGUGGUGUGCAUUCAUUCUACCCGUUGAAAAUUGGCGACCAUGUUUUUGUUGGGGAGAAGGCAGUCGUGGAGGCGGCCACAGUUGGCAACCAUGUGCAUAUUGGAAAAGAAGCGGUGAUAGGGUCUAUGGCUAUCCUGAAGGAUUAUGUCGUUGUGUUAGACGGCGCGGUGGUGCCACCGGGGAUGGUGGUGCCGAGUUGGUGCGUUGUGGGAGGCAGGCCGGCUAGGGUUGUUGGGGAAAUCGGGGAAGGCUAUGGAAUUGAGGGGGGUGAAGGUGGACUGGCGAGAGAGAGAUAUAGGAAUGUUGGAAAAUAAAAGGUUAUGUAUUCAAUUUUAUCUCUGUUCUUUUCAUGGGUUGUACGGCGUUGGGUGACUCCGGGGUUUGAUUUUGAGAUACUGGUCACAGUAUAUUAUGAUUGGGGUUUUAAGGGAUAUGGUCCAGAGGCAGACCUGCUGGUAACUCACCUGUAUUUUAGUACCGAAACAACGGAAAUUUCGAUCGACUGACAUUGGAUUGAUAUAAUGUAGCUUACUGGAUGUGUUUCACGCAUGGUUGAAAAAUCUUCCAUAUGCUCUGUUAAGCGUCCAUGGUCUAAUUAUCAGUGAAAAUGAAUAUUACAAAACCAUAUAUUGGGUGGAAAAUAUCAUACGGGAACCCCAUACAAAGAAAUGAAAGUAACAAAGGGGAUAUCAUAAGGAAAAUAAUUUCGGGGUGAACAAGGAAAACACAAAAUAAAUGCAUACGGUGGAAAUAUCAUGUGACGAGGAUCGCAAAUAGAAAAACGAAAAUGAACAGUAAGAAAAGACAAAAGUGGUCAAUGCUGCGUUGACUCAUGACAGAAGGAAGGUAGAGAAGUAGACGGAGAAAAAGGUUCGGGCCGAGCACUGGUAGAGAAAUAAUGCCCUAGGCAUACUGAAAAGUAUCAGGUGUACAGCGGCGGGUGCACGAGGUAGAUGUUCAAGGAGUUGGUAUGAGGCCGUGGACAUUAGCUGAUGGAGUUUAUUUAAUUUGCUUUUGUGGUUGAGACUUAACGUUGUUGGAGAGCCAGCCCUAGUUAUUAAUGUUAGUUCU